CGUACUGUGGUUGCAUUGGAGUUUUAAGAAAUGAUGCAUAAGAAUGAUGGUGAUGGAUUGAAUACGAGGGUGCUUCUUCGGGACUAGCGUGUCAGCCUUACUGUGUGUCGAUGGCUUCCAUCUCGGGCUUGUCUUCCCCUCAUUGUUCCCUAUCCCCAUGUUGCAAGGUUUCUGAAUCGAACCAGCAGGUUGAUCAGGCUCAGCUAUUCUUAGUCAUAGUCAUGAUCAUUCACCAUGUCUCUCCCCGCAGGUCAGGGAAUCCUCCACCUCCAACUCCCCUCCUCCCAACCGGAACGCAUCUAUCAUGCCCGCCGCGCGCAUCGGAAAUCCCGCAAUGGAUGCUCCAAGUGUAAACAACGCCGAGUCAAGUGUGACGAAUCGAAACCCCACUGCCUCCGCUGCCAGAAGCUCAACCUGGACUGUAGCUAUGAACCCAGCAGCAGCAGCAGCAGCACGGACCCCGAGAAAAGAAUGACCCGGUUCCUGACCAGCUCGCCGGACUCCAAAGCAUACAAUCUAGCCCAAAAAGCCGUAGGCACCCAGCUCCACGACCUCCUGCAGCUACCGCAGGGAGCCUCGCCCUCUAUCCGCGUCGAGGCCCUGCAUCACUUUUAUGGUCUCUCCGACCCGGCCCUCGGGCCACAAGCCCCGCAAGCCGAGUACCAAAGACGGGUGAUCCAGCUCGGAUUCGAGUCCCCCUACCUAAUGCACGCGAUUAUCGCCUUCGCAACCUCCCACCUCCGCUACACAACCCCCACCAAACACCGCCCCUACGCCCUGACCGAAACCUACCACUGGCAACAAGCCAUCACGCAGUACUUACAGCAACUUGCCACCAUCGGCCCGCAUAACAUGGACGGCCUUUUCGGGGCGUGCCUGCUCCUAACGGUGCGCUCCUUCGAACUCGACCGCUACGACCCGCACGGCUCCUUUGUUUUCGCCACAUCCCCGAAACACACCGCCACCGCGCUGACCUGGCUCACCCUGCAGGUGGGGCUGCGGCGGCUGCUGGAGGCCACCGUCCCCUGGCAGCGGGGGAGUAUGUGGUGGGAGGUGUUCAUGGCGUCCGCGGCGCAGUAUCGCGGGGUGUUUGACGUCGACGAGAGCAAUGUUUCUGAAAAGGUGGCGGCGGGGUGGGGGCUCGAUCCCGGGCUGGCGGGUCUCUGCGGCAUCCAUGCGGGCAGCAACCCCGCCAAUAAUGUGUAUUACGAGCCGGUGCGGAUGCUGAGUGGGUUGGUGCAGCUACCCAGGGGCAUUCGGAGCUUCGGGGCGUAUACCGGCUGGAUGGGGCGGUUGGAGCCGGCGUUUUUUGAGAGGUUGGUCUGCAAGGAGGUUGCGGCGUUGGUGGUGUUGCGGCGGUGGUUGGAGUUGUUGGGGAGUGUGGAUCUGUGGUGGAUUGGGGUGAGGGUUAGGUCGGAGGUGCAGGCGAUUAAUUGGUUUCUUGGGGGAGGUUGAGUGCGUUGUUGAUUGGGGGUUCAUGGUCGGUCGAUAGGGGUAGGCUUGUUGAUGUGUUCAGAUGUGGGAUAUGGGAAGGGAGGAGGGACAGGGAAGAGGACGGAGGACGUCUCGGGUGACUUUGGGGCUUCUAUUUGCUUGUUGCACGACUGCAUACACUGCGCGGUAUAUCUGCAUCUGCAUCCUCCGAAUAGCCUGCCAAGUUCAAGGCUAGACCGCUCUACCCAGAGGCAUAGGGGACGCCGAGGUUGUCUAGGCCCAGUCGA